AUGUUUGUAGAUGAAUUGAAGAGGGGAACACGAACGCAGGGCACCAUAUGGGAGGGAACACGAACGCAGGGCACCAUAUGGGAGGGAACACGAACGCAGGGCACCAUAUGGGAGGGAACACGAACGCAGGGCACCAUAUGGGAGGGAACACGAACGCAGGGCACCAUAUGGGAGGGAACACGAACGCAGGGCACCAUAUGGGAGGGAACACGAACGCAGGGCACCAUAUGGGAGGGAACACGAACGCACACCAUAUGGGAGGGAACACGAACGCAGGGCACCAUAUGGGAGGGAACACGAACGCAGGGCACCAUAUGGGAGGGAACACGAACGCAGGGCACCAUAUGGGAGGGAACACGAACGCAGGGCACCAUAUGGGAGCGUACACGAACGCAGGGCACCAUAUGGGAGGGAACACGAACGCAGGGCACCAUAUGGGAGCGUACACGAACGCAGGGCACCAUAUGGGAGGGAACACGAACGCAGGGCACCAUAUGGGAGGGCACACGAACGCAGGGCAUCAUAUGGGAGGGAACACGAACGCAGGGCACCAUAUGGGAGGGAACACGAACGCAGGGCACCAUAUGGGAGGGAACACGAACGCAGGGCACCAUAUGGGAGCGUACACGAACGCAGGGCACCAUAUGGGAGGGAACACGAACGCAGGGCACCAUAUGGGAGCGUACACGAACGCAGGGCACCAUAUGGGAGGGAACACGAACGCAGGGCACCAUAUGGGAGCGUACACGAACGCAGGGCACCAUAUGGGAGGGAACACGAACGCAGGGCACCAUAUGGGAGCGUACACGAACGCAGGGCACCAUAUGGGAGGGAACACGAACGCAGGGCACCAUAUGGGAGCGUACACGAACGCAGGGCACCAUAUGGGAGGGAACACGAACGCAGGGCACCAUAUGGGAGCGUACACGAACGCAGGGCACCAUAUGGGAGCGUACACGAACGCAGGGCACCAUAUGGGAGCGUACACGAACGCAGGGCACCAUAUGGGAGGGAACACGAACGCAGGGCACCAUAUGGGAGGGAACACGAACGCAGGGCACCAUAUGGGAGGGAACACGAACGCAGGGCACCAUAUGGGAGCGUACACGAACGCAGGGCACCAUAUGGGAGCGUACACGAACGCAGGGCACCAUAUGGGAGCGUACACGAACGCAGGGCACCAUAUGGGAGGGAACACGAACGCAGGGCACCAUAUGGGAGGGAACACGAACGCAGGGCACCAUAUGGGAGGGAACACGAACGCAGGGCACCAUAUGGGAGCGUACACGAACGCAGGGCACCAUAUGGGAGCGUACACGAACACAGGGCACCAUAUGGGAGCGUACACGAACGCAGGGCACCAUAUGGGAGGGAACACGAACGCAGGGCACCAUAUGGGAGGGAACACGAACGCAGGGCACCAUAUGGGAGGGAACACGAACGCAGGGCACCAUAUGGGAGCGUACACGAACGCAGGGCACCAUAUGGGAGCGUACACGAACGCAGGGCACCAUAUGGGAGCGUACACGAACGCAGGGCACCAUAUGGGAGGGAACACGAACGCAGGGCACCAUAUGGGAGCGUACACGAACGCAGGGCACCAUAUGGGAGGGAACACGAACGCAGGGCACCAUAUGGGAGCGUACACGAACGCAGGGCACCAUAUGGGAGCGUACACGAACGCAGGGCACCAUAUGGGAGGGAACACGAACGCAGGGCACCAUAUGGGAGGGAACACGAACGCAGGGCACCAUAUGGGAGGGAACACGAACGCAGGGCACCAUAUGGGAGGGAACACGAACGCAGGGCACCAUAUGGGAGGGAACACGAACGCAGGGCACCAUAUGGGAGGGAACACGAACACAGGGCACCAUAUGGGAGGGAACACGAACGCAGGGCACCAUAUGGGAGGGAACACGAACGCAGGGCACCAUAUGGGAGGGAACACGAACGCAGGGCACCAUAUGGGAGGGAACACGAACACAGGGCACCAUAUGGGAGGGAACACGAACGCAGGGCACCAUAUGGGAGGGAACACGAACGCAGGGCACCAUAUGGGAGGGAACACGAACGCACGAGUCUGGAACACUAACGAAAGGUACCGCAGGUGAACAAUUACGAAUAAACGUCACGUAUAAGAUAAAAAUCUAUAGUUUAGAAACCUCCAUUUGUUUUACGGCGAUUAAAAAAAAGAAGUUCGAAGCCCUUUAUUAA